AUGCUCUCACAUGCUUGUCACGAUUCCAUCAGCAUCGCAGCCAAUCUGCUCCCCCACACUCUGGAUGGGAGGGAUGGAGGGAGGAGGGAGAGGAGGGAGAGGAGGGGGAGGAGGAAGGGGGAGGAGGAGGAGGAGGAGGAGGAGGAGGAGGAGGAGGAGGAGGAGGAGGAGGAGGAGGAGGAGGAGGAGUUGCCCCACCAACAAGGAGGAGGAAGGGGGAGGUGGAGGAGGAGGAGGAAGGGGGAGGAGGAGGAGGAGGAGGAGGAGGAGGAGGAGGAGGAGGAGGAGGAGGAGGAGGAGGAGGAGGAGGAGGAGGAGGAGGAGGAGGAGGAGGAGGAGGAGGAGGAGGAGGAGGAGGAGGAGGAGGAGGAGGAGGAGGAGGAGGAGGAGGAGGAGGAGGAUGAGCAGGAGAGGGAGGAAGAAGAAGAGGGGGAGGAAGAAGAGGAGGAGGCGGGGAAGAAAGGAGGAAGGAAGGGGGCAGGAAACAAGUAG